UGUACCCAAGCAAUACCCAUGUACAUAUGUAGCGUGGCAGAAUACUAACCUAGGCAGUAGGCAGAAUAGUCUAUUCGCCGUUGCACCUGCACCCAAAUUCAGCUCCCCCUUCCAAUUGAUUUGCAUGGACCUAUCCGGCCAAAGGCAAGGGUACCCUACCGAACAUACCGAAGUUUCCUGUGAGCUGCGAACGGCGAUCAACGUUCCUCUCCUUCCAAUUCCACUACCUAUCUACAUAACUACAUCUAGUUAUCUGAAGGUAGACAAGCUUACCUUACCUCGAACUUUUUGCCUUAGCACGUAACCACACCACCGUUACUUUUCACCUUUUCUUCCCCUCGUUGCACUAACACGGCAUUCUUGACACGGCAGGGUGGAUGGCCGUUGUAUAAUAUUAUAUUACUUAUUUGUAUAAUCAUAUUAUCUUUCUUACCUUUGUCAGACCUGCCUAGGUAUACUACUUCGGUGUGUGGUGUUGUAUCUUAAACGAAGCAGAAUUCGUCAAAGAGAUUUGAUAGCUCCUCGUCUUUCAUCAUCAUCGCAUCGCUUUUUCCUCCCUUCCGACUUUGCGAUCGAGUUCGACUAAACUGCGACGUUCGGAGGAUGCAUAGGUUACGGUAUCUACCAGAUUUCCCGUUAUAGGCCGGAAUAAUGAGAGUUGCGAUCCGGGAGCAGUUAGCAGCCCUCGUGCUGCUUGCUGUGCUCGUCGCGCUCGCUGUCGUCUCUAUACCUACUUGGAUUUACGUCAACCGUUUCGUUAUUGGAGUAGAGACUAAUGGCCUCUCCUUAACCGCUUCUCUCAAAGCCGCCCGCGUUGCCUCCGAAAUCGAAUUGAUCCAGACGACAUGCAACCACAUAUCAACGAGACUACUUAUUCAAAACGCUCUUGCAUCUUUUUAUCGCGGUAACGAAUCUGAUGCUCUUUGGGACUCCGCCUCUGCCGAUGUCAUCAGCGCCUUGAUCACUCCGCCGGGCGUUUCUACGAAUCUCCUACAAGCAAGAAUCUAUUCGCGAAACGAGACUGGCGCAGAUCGAUCUGGUGGACUUCUUAGUGUAACCGGUAGUAACAUUUCUGAGGUUAGACUGCCUUAUAAGGCAUCUGAUGGGUCACAAGCUAUCUUAGGUGAUAACCCUUCGGGUUAUCCGCCGUCACUGUAUCCAAACAUUACAUAUUGCAACUCAACAGAUCCUGACCCAGGCUAUCCUAACCAUACUGCUGUCGUAGCUAGGCCGUUUCCAGAUAUACGAAUUGACUCGAGCGUUGAUGGCAUGGUAUUAGGACCGCUCGUAAUCAAUGAGACAUACGCCCUUAUCUCAUUGACUAUCCCGAUCCGCAGCAAUCGGAACGAUGGGGUGAUACUUGGAUAUAUGACUACGAUCGCCGAUGCUACCUCGCUCAUUAAGAUCGCUGCAUCUAAAGAGGGAUUGGGAGAUACUGGCACAGUUUUACUCGUCGGUCCUUCUACAGGUUGGAAUCGGUUCAGCAAGUAUAACUUACCUGCAAAUGGGAGCCACGAAGCGGCGUCUAAUUUCUCGAAUGUCGACGUCAAUUUUGUCUUACCGCCGCGGGUGAUGCCUGGCCAAUCAGAUAGGCAUACACUGCAUAAUUAUGCCUCUGGGAAUUUCAAUCAGCCUUUCAAAGUGACAAGAUACAAUGCGGCAUACAGGGCCUUCACUACUCGGAACCCUUCAAUAAAUAAUGCUAGCAGCUUACUUUCCACCAAAAAUGAGCAGGGAGUUGACGUUGCCGUCGGAUAUGCUCGGCCGCAGACCACGCUGGUUAAUUGGACACUCAUCGUCGAACAGGACAUGUCCGAGGCUUAUAUUCCUAUCGAUACACUUCGACGUAUACUGUUAGGUUGCGUGUUCGGAACUGUUGGACUCACCCUACUUUUAGUUAUACCUUGUGCUCAUGUGAGUGUUUUGCCUAUUCGCAGAUUAAAGGCCGCCACCGAAAAAUCUAUUGCUCCUCCCGGCUACGCCGAAGCGUAUAUAGACGACCUAGACUACGACGAGGACGAGGACCAUGAAGGAUCAGGUAGCGGGAGUCGAAAAUCUACCAAUGGGGUUGUAAUUCGGUUGAAAAGAUUAAUUCGGAGAUCUACGCGAUCAAGGAUUGCGCCCUCGAGUCAUGACAGCGAGCCGCGAAGACGGAUUUUCAAGAUUCCGGGCAAAGUCAACGAUCGCAAGCACUACGUGACCGACGAGCUUACAGAAUUAACUACGACUUUUAACGAAAUGAGCGAAGAACUAUUAAGGCAAUACACUUCCUUAGAAGAGAAAGUUGCGGAGCGAACACGCGAACUCGAGAUCAGUAAGAAGGCAGCUGAGGCCGCCAACGAAAGCAAGACUUUAUUCAUUGCGAACAUCUCUCACGAGCUUAAGACUCCCCUGAACGGUAUCUUAGGCAUGUGUGCUGUCUGUAUGGAAGAAGACGACUUACCCCGGAUCAAGCAGUCUCUAAAAACCCUUUAUAAAUCUGGAGAUCUGCUCCUACAUCUCCUCGAAGAUUUGUUAAGCUUUUCGAAAAACCAGAUUGGUCAGCAAUUAAGCCUAGAGGAGAGAGAAUUCCGAUUAUGUGAUAUUCGGUCGCAAGUAGCAACCAUUUUUGACAAACAAGUUCGUGAAGGUUCGAUCGAUUUCUCAGUCGCUUUCUUAGGCACCGAACCAGAUACAAGCCCCAGUCCCGAACGAGCUGAAAUGGAUAGGAAACUCCCAGCUAUCGGUCCUCUAGGGACUGGUAGGUUGAAAGACAUGUGCCUGUGGGGCGACCAGCAUCGAAUUCUACAGGUGCUCAUCAACCUUGUAAGCAACAGUCUUAAGUUUACGCCGGCCGGGGGGAAGGUAUCAGUGAGGAUAAGAUGCCUACGUGAAAUUGAAACCUCUUUCGACGUAAGCAGGACUUCAUCCUUAUCGAAAACUGGAUCCGGUCGCCUAGGUAGGACAAGGCAUAGAAUGGGGUCGGGUUCGAACAAGUCAAAGAGCUCAAAUGAAAUUCCAACUCCUCAAUCCCAAUACAAGGGAGGAGGUACAGCAUUGUCGAUUAAUCCCUUGGAUCCCAAAGCAACACCCUACGUACGCAUACGUGAGAGGUCACCAACACCACCUCCGCCAAGCGCGAAGUCAUUCUUGUUCGAAUUCGAAGUGGAGGAUACGGGUCCCGGAAUUCCAGAUCAUAUGCAGCAGAGAGUUUUCGAACCUUUCGUCCAGGGUGAUCUAGGCCUUAGCAAGAAGUUUGGGGGAACUGGUCUAGGGUUGAGCAUUUGCCAGCAGUUAGCAAAUCUGAUGGGGGGGAGUAUUUCUUUGAGAAGUACUGUCGGUGUUGGCACCACUUUCACUAUGCAAAUACCAUUAAAGUACACCAAGGAUAGGACCUCCAGUACAGCUUCGAGUAGUAUUAAGUCACGCCCAACAAGCAUUAGUAGUUCUGUCGACGGGGAUACCAGAAAAAAUUCCCUAACACAAACUACAGCGGGCGCCAAAGCUAAUGUGCUUGAUCAAAAACCGCGUCUUGUUGGACUUAGCCAGCCUUUCUUUGCUACCACCCCCAGUGCCAAGGCACAACCGACCCCGACUCCGGAUGAUCGAAUGAAAGCCAUAGAGAUGGCUAAGGCAAGCAAAGGUGACGGGAAGCUGCGAGUUCUCGUUGCCGAGGACAACCCCACCAACAUUGAGGUUGUCAGCAGGAUGUUAAAACUAGAGGACGUGUACGAUGUGACCAUUGCAAAAGACGGCCAGGAGGCGUACGAACUUGUAAAGGCGAACAUGGAGAACAAUCUCUAUUUCGACUUAAUUUUCAUGGACAUUCAAAUGCCUAACCUCGACGGCCUACAGAGCACUCGCCUCAUUCGGAAGAUGGGAUACUCAGCACCGAUUGUGGCACUGACAGCCUUCUCGGAAGAGAGCAAUAUUAAAGAUUGCAUGGAAUCCGGGAUGAACGAAUUUCUAAGCAAGCCUAUCCGUCGACCCGCACUCAAGCAAGUUCUUAAGAAGUUCGCAACAAUUCCUGAGGAGCCAGAAACGGCAUCCCAAUUAACUAGGAAGAGUACCCCCGAAAAGGGCCACCGACCCGCCACGGUUCGGCCACCAAACGGAGAAGCCUCUACGCCUUCAGAUUCAACCCCUACCCCCAAAGAGCGCCCCAUUAUGAAUGGCGUACAUCCAACCACGAAUACAGAAAUAUGAUCUCACCAACAGUCAUCACCGCAAUAUCUAUUUAAAUUUACAUUUACUUCACGUACCACGUUGCACGAUAUCUCUAACACUUGUCUAUAUCCCACCUUUGACUCAUUUUUUUGCAGCAGUUAUAUUCGGAAAGGGUAUUCAUACGGAAAGGCCUAAGAGAAUGGCGAACCGGGAGCAGGGACACAAAAGCAUCUGGCGAAUCUGAUUACAAGGAUGGCGAAGGCGUUACGGCUAUUGUAUUGUUUUUACUACGGGACCAUCUCUCGUGGAGAAGUUGUGGGGGACGGCGAGACUUUUUCGGUUUCUUUGACCUUGCUGUAGGUCUAAUACACGUUCCCAGCAUGCAAAUAGGGAAAUAUUUCACACAUCGUUUUAAGGGGAAGGCAACAGCUGAGUUUUUGGAUGAGUCACCACUUGGGCCAGGUAAAUGACAUUUAGGCCAGAGGUUAAACAGUCACAAUUUGGUGAUCAAUAAGAAGGCCAAUGGCUAUCGAGAGAUAUAGCCGAUCUGAUGCAAUGUACAUAUUUAUCAUAUAGGUACUAUAAGUAUAUUUACUGAUUACUGAUUACUGAUUA